AAUUGAGAAGAAGAAGCAGAGGAGAAGCUUUAAUUCACUUAUCACGAAUAUUUCAUAACCUAUGUUACAGAUCACUACAGAUAUAAUCUGAUUAUCUCGAGAGAUUGUACCGGCACGGUUCGAGUUUUUUCUAAACUGCCGAGGUCCAGAAUAGUAUAAACGGAUUCAUUCAUGAAUAGCAUAGGCGAGGCAUGCAACGAUCUGAAGCAACAAUACGACGUCUGUUUUCAUACAUGGUUCUCCGAGAAAUUCUUGAAAGGUGAUACGAGUGACAGCACAUGCUCGCAUUUAUUCAAAAUGUAUCAGCAGUGUGUCAAGAAAGCCAUGAAGGAGCAUCAUAUUGAAUUAAAAGAGAUGGAAAUAAAUUAUUUGGAAACCGAAAAAGAGAAAAAGCCACACAGUUGACGAAAAGACAUUCGCACGUUCAUAUUUCAGUUCUACAUAGCUUUCUUACGGAUCAUCGGCGAUGCAAACAGUGCAACUUUGUCAUUCCUAUUUUUUAUUAUGAAAUAAUUAUUAACAAAGGUUAAUUGAUUAUUUUAAUCAAUAUAAUAUAAUUUGUUAUUAACUAGUCACUGUAUUGCUGCCAAAUAUUCACACACUUGUAACAUUAACAUAGAAAUGUUAUAUUAA